AUGCCAUCGCUAGAUAUGGACAGAGUUCCGGAAAAUGGAUCAGAUUGUGAAACAGCGGAACAAAGUGAGGACGAAUCACAACCUAAAAGAGUGGUAAAUAAGAAAAAGCCUAAAAAACGCGGAAUUAUUUACCUAUCUACCAUUCCACCUUAUAUGAAUGUUGCAAAAAUUAGAGAAAUAUUUAGCCAAUUCGGUGAUGUUGGAAGGAUCUAUUUACAAUCAAGUGCAAAACCAGGAGAGAAAAGAAAACGAGUACCAAAUCUUUUCACAGAGGGAUGGGUAGAAUUUGAAAAGAAGAGAAUAGCUAAAAGUGUGGCUGCAAAUUUAAACAACACAAAAAUCGGCACCAGAAAGAGAUCGCGUUAUUAUGAUAUGAUAUGGAAUAUAAAAUAUAUUCCUAGAUUUAAAUGGAUCCAUUUGAGUGAAAGACUGGCCUAUGAGAGGGCAGCUAUGAAACAAAGACUCAGAGCUGAAAUAUCACAGGCUAAGAAGGAAGCUAACUAUCUGCAGAAUAAUAUUGAAAAAAGUAAAAAGAUAAAGAAGCGAAAAGCCAUGGAGAAAGAAAGUGCUUAA